GCCCCCGAGCGCGCUUCCCAUUGGCCGACAGAGCCUCCUCCCUCGCUCACGCCCGCUGAAUGUAGCCGUCCCCCACCGGCAGAAGCUGUGAGAUUCGAUCCCGCCGCGCGGACGGAGGGAUGGUGGCUCCUGAUUGGUUGCGCGCCCCGUUCCAGACCCUGCUGAUUGGCCCCUGAGGAGCCGGGGACAUGCUGGCCAGAGGCCUGAAGCGGAAGCGGAGCCCAGAGGCAGAGGUGGGGGGCUCAGAGCCUCCAGCAGCAGCAGCAGCGCCCCCCGCCGCCUCCAGCUCCCUCUUCAGCAUCUCGCUCUCCAAGCUGCGCCAGAGCCUCCAGCUUGCAGAGCCCGACCUCCGGCACCUGGUCCUGGUGGCCAACACCCUCCGGCGGAUCCAGGAGGAGAUGCAGCCGGCGGCAGCCGCCUCCCAUCCCCAGCAAGGCCUGGGCAGGGGGGCCCCCUGGGUGGACAGCAGCUCGCCCUCCGGACACUGUGCCGUGGGCGCCCUCCAGGACGCUGGCAGGCGGCUGGGGCUGCCCCCUCCCCCUCCCCCGGCCCCAGUGGACGCACUCCUGCUCUCCACGAUGGACGUCUCCGGCUUCUCCACCAUCCUGGAGGACUUGAGCGGGCUGGAGGGCUUCAGCGAGUCCCCCUCCCCCUCUUCCGGCCCGCCUGGCAAGGUCCAGCUCUGUCCGCUCAGCCCAGAGCCUGAGCGGACGUCCCACCUGGAGAUUGGGGGCCCCGGGGGCUCCCUGCUGGAGGACGGCCUGGAGGGCCUCUUUGAGGACAUCGACACCUCCAUGUACGACUCCGACCUGUGGCCCGCCCCCGGCAGCCUCCCCAGCUUCAAGGAGGCCUUCUCCAGGGGGGAGGCGGAGGGGGGGGAGGGGCUGGGCUUGGAGGACCUUGACUAUCUCAUGGACGUGAUUGUGGGGGCGCACGAGUUGUGACCGGCAGCAGGGCAGCAGGGGGUCCACAGGAGGAGGCCUGGCGGGGUCCCUCUCUCGGAGCCCCCCCCCCGCAUUGGUGGUGUGUAGGGGGCGUGGGCCUUGCCCCGCUCCAGUCACCUGGGAAGUGGGGUUGGAGAUGCUGCCCUUAACACGGCCCCAAAUGCAAGCGCCGCCACGCGUCAUGGAUAGCCUUGAGGGGGUUUUCUCGAGGAAGCCGCCCCGUUAGCCAAUGCUGUGAAAAGAACUCUGUGCCCAAGAGGUCCUGCUCCUGCCGGGAAUGGUGCCCCAAGGGCCUGGGCCGAGCUGAGUCCAGUCGGUCCAUUGCCUUGCACAGCCGUCGCCACGAGGGGCUUGUUCGAGGAAGACGGUCCAGGCCGUGUUGCUUGCUCCAGGGGCAGCCCCUCGCCCACUUUCUCACCCCUGGGCCCGCGCUCAUUUUAAAGGGGCACCGUCUGGGGAAAUGGGAGCCUGCUUAUGAGCGCACCAUCUCAUCCCAUCCCGGGCCGCCUUGUCCUGCUCCUGCCCUGGGCUCACCCCGCUGACGGACGGUCUGUGCCCCUGUGCAGAUCUCUGGACCCCUGGGGGUUGGGGGUCCUGCCACCCACCGGGGACUGAAUGAGACGGGGGUGGGGGGGUAACUUAUUGUCUGAGUAAAGGGCACCUUGAAGCGG